AUGUCAUCUUUGUCUUCUAUGUGGGACAUCAUAAUAGAUUAUCUCUCUCUGAGCUCGAUAUGGAAUUAUCUACAAGCAACUUUUCUGGGAGAGACUAGUGUGCCUCAGCAAACAAAUUUGGGGCUACUAGAUAAUCUUGCUCCGGCUGUGCAAGUUAUCCUGGGGAUUUCCUUUUGGAUUUUGUUCGGAAUAGGAGUAUAUGCCUUAUGGAAACGAAGUGUUCAGUCAAUUCAGAAAAUAUUGUUGUUUGCAAUCACACUCUACAAACUUUACAAGAAAGGCUCAGAUUUUUUUCAGGCUUUGCUGGUCAACCCAGAAGGGAAUGGUCUCCCAUUUCAAGACAAUAAUAUCUUCCUAUCUUUGGAUCUGCAAGAGAAAAUUCUGAAGAAACUUCAGUCAGUGGAAGGCAAAAUGAAGGACCUGGAAAGGAUGAUCAUUUCCCAAAAACCUGCCACAGAGAGGGAUUGCUCCUCUGAGCGCUACUGCAGCUGCUCUGACUGACAGAGUCCCUUGCUUACAUCAGGGUUUACAUCCACAUCUGAAAUGUGAUGGACUCCAGUCUUUUCUAGAAAAGCACUGUUUCCCUCAUGUGUGCAGUGGUGUAUCAAUAAAGACAGAGAACUAUAUUGAAAUUACCCAGCCAGGACUGGCUCUCUAUUCAGCAGGGCCCAGCUUCCACUUGUGUGUGUGGUGGGGUUACGUGGGGGAUCGUGGUGGUU